ACUUCUGCCUAUUUAUACGGACAAGAGUUGGUGCCACUAACAUAUAAUUCCACAAGCUUCAUUUCUAUAUCGUCUCUCCAACUACAGAGAAAAAGUCAAAAACUCUGUAAAUCCAUGGCUUCAUCUUCUGUAUCUUUCUCUUCUCUUCAUCUGCAAAUGCAAUUUCCUUCAUCAAAAUUACCUACUCCGAAGAACUUUAAAUUUGAGCCCACUCUCCAACUAGCUUCUGUAUCAGAUAAACUAUCUAUUGCACCCCCAACUCCGCCACCUCCUCCACCGGCAACGAAUGUGGUUCUACCAGAGCCCAAAAAGCUCCCCAUCCGUAAAAUCCCAGGGGAUUACGGGCUACCCUUGAUCGGUCCAUGGAUUGACAGACAAGACUAUUUUUAUAACCAGGGAAGAGAUGAAUUCUUCAGGUCCCGAAUUCAGAAAUUCCAGUCCACAGUUUUCAGAACGAAUAUGCCUCCGGGUCCUCUAAUUUCGUGUAAUUCUAAAGUAAUAGCCUUGCUCGACGGAAAAAGUUUUCCGGCCUUAUUCGACACUGAUAAUGUCGAAAAGAAAGACUUGUUCACUGGAACUUUUAUGCCGUCCACGGAACUCACCGGAGGCUACAGAGUCCUAUCAUAUUUAGACCCAUCUGAGCCGAACCACGCUAACUUGAAAAAAAUGAUGUUCUUUUUACUGUCUCAUCGGCGUGAUCAAGUGAUUCCGGAGUUCCAAAACUGUUAUACAGAAAUGUUUGAGAAUUUGGAGGGGGAAUUGGCUACAAAAGGUAAAGCCAGCUUCGGCCAAGCCAAUGACCAAGCCGCUUUUAAUUUCUUGGCUAGAUCGUUAUACGGUGCAAACCCAGCUGAUUCGAAGCUCGGCUCUGACGGACCCAAGCUGGUUAGCAAAUGGGUACUUUUUCAACUGCAUCCAUUACUGGUUCUUGGUCUACCUAGACCAGUAGAAGAUGGGAUUCUUCAUAACUUUUCUCUGCCGCCAUUUUUGAUCAAGAAAGAUUAUCAAAGAUUAUACGAUUUCUUUUACCAGAACUCAACUCCGAUUCUUGAUCAAGCUGAAAAACUUGGUGUAUCACGUGACGAGGCUUGCCAUAAUCUCCUCUUCGCCACGUGUUUCAACUCCUUCGGCGGCAUGAAAAUCUUCUUCCCCAACAUGCUCAAAUGGGUUGGCCGAGCAGGACUCAAACUGCAUACAAAAUUAGCACAAGAAAUCCGAUCGGUCAUCAGAUCAAACGACGGAAAAAUCACGAUGGGUGCCAUGGAACGCAUGCCGUUGAUGAAAUCAACGGUGUACGAGGCCCUCCGCAUCGAACCACCGGUUCCAUCCCAAUACGCCAAAGCCAAACGGGACUUCGUUGUCGAAUCUCACAACGCAGCUUUUAGAAUCAAGGAAGGAGAAAUCCUAUUUGGAUUCCAACCAUUUGCUACUAAGGAUCCGAAAAUUUUCGACAGGUCCGACGAGUUUUUGCCUGACCGGUUCAUAGGUGAAAAUGGGGACAAACUUUUGAAGCAUGUUGUAUGGUCUAACGGGCCGGAAACGGAGAGGUCGACGGUUGACAAUAAACAGUGCGCCGGAAAAGAUUUUGUAGUGUUGGUUUCACGGUUUUUGCUAGUGGAGCUGUUUCUCCGGUACGACUCGUUUGAUAUUGAAGCGGCAGUAUCGCCGUUAGGUGCCUCCGUCACUUUAACGUCUCUCAAAAGAGCCUCCUUCUGACCGGCGUUACUGUUCUAUAUAUUGUAGGGAAACUAGAAACCUAUUGUUUAAUUGUGUGUUAGUUCUUAUCCCGAAAUUAAAAUCUAAAUUUUUAUUAAAGUUAUAUUCAUAUAUUUAAUAGAAUUUCACAAUAUUUCAAUCA